AUGAAGGAGGAGGUUGUCCUCAAGUUCCUGGCUGCAGGGACCCACCUGGGAGGCACCAACCUCGACUUCCAGAUGGAGCAGUACAUCUACAAAAGGAAAAGCGAUGGCAUCUACAUCAACAACCUCAAGAGGACCUGGGAGAAGCUCCUGCUGGCAGCGCAGUCUAUCGUGGCCAUCGUGGCCAUCAUGGCCAUCGAGAUCCCUGCGUACGUCAGUGUGAUCUCCUCCCGGAACACUGACCAGAGGGCUGUGCUGAAAUUUGCUACUGCCACUGGAGCUACUCCCAUUGCUGGCCGCUCCACUCCUAGCACCUUCACUAACCAGAUCCAGGCCGCCUUUCGGGAGCUAUGGCUCCUGGUGGUGACAGCUCCCAGGGCUGACCACCAGCCCCUCACGGAGGCUUCGUACAUGAACCUGCUCAUCAUCGUUCUGUGCAACAUGGACUCUCCUCUGUGCUACGUGGACAUUGCUAUCCCGUGCAACAACAAGGGAGCCUACUCCGUGGGUUUGAUGUGGUGGAUGCUGACACGGGAGGUUCUACGUAUGAGUGGCACCAUCUCUCAUGAACACCUGUGGGAGGUCAUGUCUGAUCUCUACUUCUACCGCGAUCCUGAAGAGAUUAAAAAAGAAGAGCAGACUGCUGAAAAGGCUGUGACCCAGGAGGAGUUCCAGGGUGAAUGGACCGUCCCUGCUCCUGAGUUUACAGCUACCCAGUCUGAGGUUGCAGAGUGGUCUGAGGGUGUGCAGGUGCCUUCUGUGCCCACCCAGCAGCUCCCCACUGAGGACUGGAGCGCCCAGCCUGCCACUGAAGACUGGUCUGCAGCCCCCACAGCUCAGGCCACUGAAUGGGUAGGAACAACCACCGAGUGGUCUUGAGUGAUCUGCAGUCUUUGAAGCAGACAUGGAGUGAAGUUCAUGGAAAAUAAACACCCAUUUCUAAAGAAAAAAAAAAA